AUGGCAAAUCCAAACCGAAUCCUUGGAACGAUCCUUGUACACUGCACCUCGACCACUGCCGGAAUCGUGGAAUACUGUAAGGACAAGGUGAUUAACAUGCGCUUGGAAAAUGACAUCAUGACCGAUGGAGCUUGGGAGUAUCUAGUCACACAUAAAUUUGGAACCGUCAACAAAAAGGAUAGGCAGAUGUUUGUAGAUGAACUGAAGAAAACACUGAAUCCGCGAAAUCUGAGCAAGUAUCUGCUCUCUUUCACCAAAAGAACAGACCUGUCUGCAUCUAUUGGAACUAAACUCGACAAGUAUGGCAAUUUGUAG